AUGAUCCCCAUGACCUUGCCAUUGCCUUUUGCGCAGUGGAGGAUAGACAUAGUAGGCCCUCUAACCCAAGCAACCGGCCAAAGAAAAUUCUUACUUGUCACGGUGGAUUGUUUCACAAAGUUGAUUGAGGUUGAACCUUUGGCAAGGAUCACGGAAGUGAAGGUCAUGAAGUUUUUAUUCACAAAUACCCAUUGUAGGUGUGCUAUCCCAAGGGUGACCCUAUCCGAUAAUGGAGCUCAUUUUAAGGGUCGGAAGGUAGCGACCUACUGUAGAUACUGUAUGGGUCCAAAAGUUAGUUGGAGAAACCUUCGGGGCAUGGUCAACGAACUUGGCUCAGUUCUGAAGGCUUAUAGAACUACUCCAAGAGCUUCGAAAAGAGAAACACCUUUUAGUAUGGUAUACGGAACAGAGGCAGUAAUCCCAGUUGUAGUUGGCUUCAGCUCAAAGAGGAUGUCCACAUACCGAGAAUCGGAGAACGUCAAGCUACAAAAAGAGGCCUUUGACCUAACAGAUUCACUCAAGCAUGCCGACAAGCUUGAACUGAACUGCGAAGGACCUUAUGUGGUUGAAAGAGUUUUUGCGAGGGACCUACAAGCUGAGGGAUUCACAAGGAAAGCUCCUACCGAGACCAUGGAACAUGGCACAUCUGAACAAAAAUGUCAUGGGACAGAACCUCAAGCAAACAAGCCCGGGGGCUUAGGGACAUGUAUGUCAAAGGACAUAACCCCGAGUAAACUAGCUUCGGGGCUCAGAGACAUGGUAAAAUAUGUCAAGGGGCAGAACCUUGACCACACGAGCUCACAGGCACAAGGACAUGGUAAAGUAUGCCAAGGGGCAGAACCCCGAUCUCAUGAGCUCGGGUGCCUAGAGACAUGCACCGUUCCAUUCGCCGGUGUACCCCCUGGCCUCGGUCUGAGCCCGAGUGCGAUCGGUGGCAAUAGUGAAGUACUGCUUGCAGGCCGGAGGCUGUGUAUUCCACUAGGCAAUGAGGUCGUUAUAAUGGGCACAAGAGGGGUAGCGCUUGAAGAAUCUAGCGUUGUCAUGACCAGAAAGGUAGUAAGAAACUUUUUGGGGCUUCAUCCAGAAGCAGGAAAAGCACAAGUCAGGGUCCACCCUUCCAAGCUGAGCUCAACUUUGAAUGGUGAACCCAACCUAGGUGCGGAUGGAAUUGGGAGAAAACUGGCACAAUUAUCGGGGAAGCAUGAAUUACUACACUACAACCUGUUAGAGUGGUUAGCUCAGUCGUGGUCGGUUCGGGAGAGCUCAGACCAUUUCCAAGAGUAUAAACAACAUUUGUCAAAUGUGGCAGAUCUCAUUAUUCCUGGGAGAAAGCAAUGGGACAAAUAUUUAAUUUGUCAAAGUUUUCAUCCUGUUGAGGCUACCAACAUACUUCACAUUCCUAUUAGUCAAUGUGGAGUCAAAGAUAAGUUAGUGUGGCAUGGCACCAAAAAUGGCAAGUUCAGUGUUAAGGAAGCAUACCAGGAAGUUCUGAGGAAGAAUGUAGUCAACCACAUGUAG